AUUACCGUCUUAGUUUCCCGUCGGGUUGUUGCAACUUCCGGAAAGGCAAUCCGGAAGUUUGCUUCUGCCCGGUUGUGGUGUGCUUGGAAGGAAGACGUUUUUGCCCAAGUUUUCGAACUUUUUUGUCUUUGCAACACGCGCUUUUCAAAGCUUGUUGAGCGAUCUUUGAGAGAAUGACUGACCGGUACAACAUCCACAGUCAGCUGGAGCAUCUCCAGUCCAAGUACAUCGGAACAGGGCAUGCUGACACCACCAAAUGGGAAUGGCUGGUGAACCAGCACCGUGACUCGUACUGCUCCUACAUGGGUCAUUUUGACCUGCUCAACUACUUUUCCAUCGCUGAAAACGAAAGCAAAGCUCGCGUCCGCUUCAACUUGAUGGAGAAGAUGCUUCAACCAUGUGGACCGCCGGCAGACAAACCCGAUGACGCCUAAAGCACGACUCAACCAACUACUGCCGCUUUUUUUUCUUCUUUCAUUUUUACCUACCGGACAUUUGUUCGUAAAGAUUUGUCAUCUCUGUGGAAUCCAACUAUUGAUGUGUUCACUGCCCACUCCAGGGACAGAAGUAAUUCUCAUUUGUUGGACCGGUUUAUAGAUUAACUGUAGUGCUCUCAGGAAAUAAAUGAGAAGGAACCUAUCCAUUUGAAAAAAAAUGUUAAAAAUGUCACAUUUGUACACAUUACACACGAUGUAUUCCUAAUUAAAACAUUUUUUCCUUUGGUUAAAA